AACAACAAUGUCACCAGAGGAGGAACAGAGUCGGCUUUCCGAUGAGGAAUAUUUAAUAUUUCGCGCUAAAGAAGAACAAAAACGUGAUCCUUGUGCCGCGAAAUGUUGGAUGAUAACAGCUCAAGCUCUGUUUCCGCAAAAUUUUGGAAUUCAGUUUGAGGUGUAUCAGAUUGAAAAAGCAGCAAAGAAUGUGAAGGAAGCAGCAAAAUGUCUUGGCGUUUUAUUGCGAAAAUUUGUGUCAGAGCCAUUGCUAUGGAGGGAGGUGGAUACUAUCAUGGCAGCCUUGAGGCAGACAACUCCAGACUCUCAAACAUCCUUUCUGGCAUAUUUAUUUAACAUGCUUCCUAAAGAUGUACAGCUCAGUAUGGUAUUAUCAGCAGCAGAAAGAUCACAGGACACAAUGACGCGCUGCCGUCUCAUGCUUCUACUGACAACUACAUUUCCAGAAACUACUGCUCAUCAUGGGCUGAAACUAGUGGACAGCUUGUUAGCUGCAGAGAAGCACUGCACGGGACCAAUAAAUCCAUUCCGUAGAAUGCUUGUGUGUGAGCUCCUACCAAGGUUGUUGCAGACUCGUGGGUUGGAAGUGAGACCAAAGACUCUUCAUAGCCUCCUGUCCAGAGCUAUCGAAUUUUAUGUUGCAUAUGUAACCACACCUCCAAAGGUUAUGCAGAGUAUGCUGGAAAGUGACAGCAAGAUUGAAGACCCGUGGCAGCAGCUGUUUUCUGUAGUGCAGUUAAUUGGCUGGAAUCUGGGAUGGGACUUAGCAUCAUAUUUUGAGAAUAUCAGCAACAGGGAGAUUAUUCUCCAAAGGAUCCAGGCCUUGGUUGAAGGAGGAGCAAGACUUGGAGGCCCAAAGGGUGAAGGGGGAGA